GACAUGUUUUAGCUGAGUUUGAUUUCUGCGCUCUGUUACAACUUGCGAAAGAAAUUGGAUUUGUCACUUGCAUUUAAAACGACGACGAUAGCUGUGCGACCUUAAAAUACGAAGGUGCUACGUAAAAGAAUAAACUGAUAUCUUGAAUUGUAACAGCAGUUUCUUCGUGUUCGAUAUUCCAAAAAUGUUUCUAUGUUCAUGAAGGGCAUUCACUAAAGGAAAAUCAUGAUGGCAGGAGCCUGUUUGAUGUAAAUUUUGUAAUGUGUUUUCGUAUUAAUGAGUAUGAGAAGCGGCAAUGAUUGAGUUGACUGUUUUGGAGUAGCAAAGACAGUGAGGACUCCAAAUCAGAACUUAACCAGAACUCGGUAAACAAAGUGUCAGUUGUAGUUCCAGCGGUGCAACAUGAUGUUGGUGUGCUAUAUUGUUGGGGGCAUCUUGGUGUGCUUGGUGGCUAUCCAUCUCUUCCUCGAAAUUCACUACUUCAUGCGAAUGUGCCUUGCCGUCAUCAUCGCCAAGUUCUUCAAGACAAAGAUCAAGAUCCUGGACGAUACAUACGUCUAUGGUGUGUGCAUCACUACAGACCUGGACACGCUCAUCUACCACAUGAACAACGCUCGAUACCUCCGAGAACUCGAUUUUGCUAGAGUAGAUUUCUACGAGCGAACUGGUCUGUACAAGACAAUCAGGCAGAAAGGCGGUGCUGUGGUCCAGGGCGCAUGUACCAUUCGAUACCGUCGCUUCAUUCGGCCGUUUUCUGUUUUCAAAAUUACGUCAAAGAUUAUCUACUGGGAUAGCAAGGCGCUGUAUAUGGAGCACAGGUUUAUCACCCCAAAGGAUGACUUUGUAAGGGCGAUCGUCAUUUGCCAGCAACGCGUAAUAUCCUGUAACGCAGAAGAGAUCAUGAAAGAGUUUCUAGGCCUGGAAGGAGGUGCUCAGAAGCCAGAAAUACCUCUGGAAGUCGCAAAAUGGAUUGAGUGCAACGAGAUCUCCAGUGCAAAUCUUCGGAAUGGUUGCUGACGAAAGGAGAAGGCCCUGCCCAUGGAUCCCAAAUCUGUGGUCUAUGCAGAGGGCCAAACUGAUUUCGUCGCUGUCACCAAGUUACCCGUGGACUUAUAAAAUGUUAAUGUUACUUUCAUUGCCAUUUCAACGUUAUGCUAUUUUAAAAGGAAUUUUAUAUUUAAUUUUCUGUUUGCAACAUUUGAUAGGAGAGCCAGAACACAGGUCAUUUGAAAUAUUCCUUUGCGGAAGGAAAAUUAUGCUUUCUUUGUCUGUGUUUCAGCCACGUUUAAAAAAUUUCGUCAUUAUUCCAUUUCUAUGUAUUACUUCCAUGUUCUCUGAUGUUUAGACCUAAGUUUAUACCAGAUUCUUAGUUCUUUGUGUCUUUUAUAUAUUUUUAUGCAGUUAUUUGUUACUGGUGAUUAACUUUUUAAUGGUAGAAGGAAAAAAAACAUUUUGAUACCACAUGGAUUAUGGAUUACGCACUGGACCAAAGACGCAAAACUAAACUGUGGUCAGUAACAAACGAAUUCGGUUCAACAAACUAGUAUUAUUGCCUUUCUAUCAUCUUUAAUAAGGUUAACGCGUAAUAGACAGUACUAAAACAAAAGUUAUCCACCAUUUUGUAAGAAAAACAGUUACUGCCAAAAUUAAAGAUGUAGUUUGAGCUGAACGAGUAAUAAAAAUUAUAAAUGAAAGAAUUUCUUAAAGAAAAUUAUCAACUAUUAUGUGAACCUGUUUGUGGUAGUAAAUUUAGUAGCGUCUGUAAUAAAAUGACAAAGUUUCAAUAACAUUUAUUUAAUUGUAAUUUGUCAGCCCGCAAGGCGACAAAGAAUAGUAAAUUUGUCCCUGCGUCUUAAAAGGCCAAGAACAUCUGACGUAGGAGAAGUUUCCCUUUUUUUUUUUGAGAAAUGUGUUUAUAAAUAAGAAGUAUUCGCAAUGACUGACCAGCGUGUUAUCAAUUUAUAUAUUAAUUAAAAUUUGUCACAUAAAACAUUGUUAAAACGUAAAUAAUUGUUAUUGAAGUCACAUUAUUCCAAAGACUUUGGACUACAUGUUAUUAGUAUUGUUAUAAUUUAAGGUCGUGGAAAGUUAAACCUGUAAUGAGCGUUACUUGUUACAUCAUAAGAUAGAAUUGUACGGAGUAUCAGCGGACUGAAGAAUGGAUUUUACCUGAUAACGUUUUCAUUAUGGAAUAAUCGUACACAUAAUAUUGUUGCUAAACACAUGAGGGAUGACAAGACGUAUGCUCGCAUUAUUUUAAGUGGUAUUAUUCUAAAAAAGGAACUUCAGGGUUAAUUUUUGCUAAAUUUUGUCCAUUGUUAACAAUAUACAAUUUCUCUUAUAGCAACAAUGUUGAAAUAUUGGAUCUGAGUAUUUUUCUGCUUGUAAACAGCAUUAGCAGUUCUCUAUGAGCCCAAAGUUUAUUUUGUUACAACAGGACAGAAAAACCGAGUCAGUUUUUCCAAACUUUCGGGUGAAUUAACUGCAAAUAUUAAGACAGAGAUCAGGAGCUCUGAUAACGCAAAAAUAGAACCCAUUAUUGUCAGCAAUUUUUAACAUGUAAACUGCGAAUAGCUUUUAAUGUAAUUUAUAGGAGAAACAUUGCAGGCUUGUUUUUGAGAAAAGUAACUGAAAAUUUGACUUUCUGCUGGUGAUGUCGUUAGACGUGAAAGGCCAUAAGAGACCACUCUGGUGCUGGAUAGUCUAGUUUUAUUGUCAAUAAUAAAGAUGUUAGAAUGUAUCUAUGAAUUUUUGUUAUGUUAAAUGUAUCGCUACUUAUGAUGAGAGUAUUGGAGAUAUAUUUUUUUUUAUUUAUUUUGACACUGUAAUUACUGCAGGUUCACUGGUGCUGAUUUGGGCUUUUAAGACGGUUGUCUGUGAAAUGUGAUAUACAGUGAAUACAAUAAGUGAUAUGUUAAUAUCUUGGAUAUAAAUAUCGUAGGAUUAUAACAUUAAUUACAUGUGAAUUGUAUUUAUUGUAGUAGAGGGCCGUGAGUCGUUU